AUAUUUUGUCUUGUUGGACAUUCUCAUCAGUCCGAGUUAUCACUACUUUCAGACAAGAUGCCAUUUACCACUUUUAUUCGGAGGAAUAUUGCCCAAGAGCCCCCUCAGAUCAAAAGCCCAGUUUCAAAUCGAAACUUUGGAUUGAGAUGGGCAGCGAUUGGAGGCAUUGUUUUGGGUUUCUUAGGUGCCAUGAAAAUUACCGGAAAUCUUAACAGAGAAUUCUUCGCUGAACUUAUAAAGAUGGGUCCAGCAGGGAAAGCUCCUCCGCCAUUGCACCAGCAACAGCAGACCGACGCGGAUCCCUCAAAGAAAAGCCCGCUGCUACCGCCUGGAACUGAAGCCACUAUCAUAGUGAAAUAAUUUUGGAAUUGCUUCGUGUGCGUCUCAUUGUUAAAUCGGACCGAAGCCACUAUUAUCAAAAUGAAAUUGAAUAAGCUUCGCUUGCAUCGUGUAAUGUAAUUGAUAAAUCAGAAAUAAUUUUCGAAAAUAAAAAACGA